CCCGUAAAAGAUGAACGCCAACUACCGAUAGGGAUGGUGGUGGUUGUUGCUGCUGCUUCAUCGAGGCAAUCGAGCUCCGAAAGCCGCUUUUGGCGAGCACCCCGGUUUUAGUCUCCGGUCACCGUUCCUGAAGCGAUAUUGCUUUAUUCUCGGAUCGAACGGCAACAAUACACAAAAGCAGCAAUCCGGCAUGAGAGCAGUUUUACAACGUGUGGCUCGAGCAAGUGUUACUGUCGAUCAGCAGGUUGUGAGUUCAAUCCAAAAAGGUGUCUGUGUGUUGGUUGGCGUUGGCACCGAUGACACUGAUAAGGAUGUCGAUUACAUUAUCAACAAGAUUUUAAACCUUCGAGUGUUUGACGAUGAACAAGGAACAAUGUGGAAGAAGGGUGUCAAGGAGCUUGGCCUCGAGGUAUUGUGUGUCUCCCAAUUCACGCUUCAAGGACAAACGAUUAAAGGCAACAAACCGGACUUUCACCGAGCCAUGAAGACGGACCAGGCAAAGGCAAUGUACGAGAAAUUUCUGACAAAGAUGGGCCAGGCUUAUGACCCAGCCAAAAUCAAAGAUGGCGUAUUUGGUGCCAUGAUGGUUGUUGAUAUCGCCAAUGAUGGUCCAGUGACACUGCAGCUAGACUCUAGAAAGUUCACUUACAAUGAUUUGUAAGAGAAAACCAUGUAGUACAAAUUGGCUGUCAAAUUUUCUUGUGCAUGGCUCCCUCCUAUCAUGCCAACCAUCAACUCUGUCUCAUUUUGUAACAUAUUUUCCAAAGAUAUCAUGUAUUUGAUUACUUGUACUUUUUUGUACUUUAUAUUUUAAGAUCUAAACUAGA